CAUAUUUCGUUUACAAAUAUCUCAAGAAGAUAAUUGAAGACAAAGGCAUUAGAGUGUUGGCAAUUCUUUAUGGCGCACAUGUGAGAAAUCAUUUAAGGAAAAAUUUUACUGGUUAGCGUUGGCGACCCACGUGAUCUCUGCUAUACCAAAACGAAAGUUCGAGCAUGUUUGUUCAUUAAUAUUUUGUUUAGUUACACAGCAAAGAGUACAAUAAGCUUGAGUGCUUGUAGAAUAGUCUUAAGCGUUAGUAAUCUUCAAAUAAAAACAAAAAGAUACUUGUCAAAGGAUAAAAAAAUGCAAUUACAUUUUCUUGAUAUCAUACCGUGGUACAGUUUUCACUGGUUUGGUAGGAUAGUCUUUGGUAUCUUUGGUAUCGUAGGAUUCAUCAUUCUUGGUAUUUCAUUAACCUUCUAUGAUGAGGAUUCAUUUCAUUGUUUUAACAAGAACAUAUCAGCAACCAGAGAAGCUUCUCUUAUAAAAAAUAUUGAUUUAAGCUGUUUUAUUCAAUACAAAAAUGAGUUAAAGUACAAUAUUUCUAAUUUGCUUAUGGUGUGUUUGAAUUUCGGCAUUGUUAUAAUCUUGGGAAUUAUCUUUGGAUAUUUGGUAAAAAAUCGAGUUCAAGACUAUGCUCGUUCUAUAACAGAAAACUACAGAAAUGAAAGUAAUGAAACUUUACUUGCAACUACUAGUAAAAAGUAUCCUUGUUUUCCUACGUUUUUUAUUUACAUCAUUCAUUUGGGUGUUCGCCUCGGCACAGUGAGUGUAUUUGUUGGGUUACUUUUCUCCAUGAAUAUUCCCAAUGACUACUUCUGUUCAUGGCAUCCAAGAAUGAUGAAAGAAACAUCCUGGAUAAAUAACACUGUUCCUGCCUCAAAUGAUGUCAUAUUUCUUGAUUGUAUAAACGCUAGAAGUGCCAAAAGUAAAGCCUUGAUCAACGUUGUAGCAAUUAUUGAUGUUAUUUUUAUCAUACUAACUAUUCUAGAGCUUAUUUACUUGUUUUAUAUGGGUUGCAAGGACAAAUUUUUCAUAAGAGAGAAAGAAUUUUGCGUUGUGUAUUUGUUACGAAGUCAUAAAAGAAUGGGAAAAUGGUUAAAGCAAAUGAAAAAACAGUCUCGUGAUUACAAAAUCCCUGACGAAUUUAUUGAUGGAAAUACCUUGGAAAAUGUUGACAUUUCAGUCAUUAAAGUGGAAAAUUUAUUGGAAAAAGCCUACCCUAAAACUUGUAAACGACAUGAAAUCUUUCAUUAUCAGCUUAAUCCUGAUGAAAACGAAAAGGAAAACGAAAAGGAAAAUGAAAAGGAAAAAGAAAAGGAAAAAAAAUUGAUAAAAGCAAUUUUUGGGGAAAUACAGGAACGUUCCAUUUUAGUCAUAGGAAGAGCAGGAAUUGGUAAAACUGUGUUGACUAGAAAACUUAUGCAUGAAUGGAAACACAGUAAAAAUGAAUUUUGGCAAGAUAAACUCGUUGUUUUAAUAAGAUGUUGUGCGCUAAAAAAGGGUUACAAUUCUGUCAAAGAUAUGUUGAGUGAAUGCGAUAAAGCUUCAAAUCAGGAUUUUGAGCAAAUUUACCAAUUUAUACAUGUCCAUCCAGAAAAAACAAUCCUUCUCAUUGACGGUGUUGAUGAACUGGACAAUGAUGAGCUAGAGCAGCCCAAUGUCAAAACAGUUUUCAGAUCGUUAAGUGACCUGGUUGGAGGGAAACUGUUGCCUGAUGCCACUGUUCUGAUAACAUCACGACCCACAGCCGAAAAUAGAUAUCGUAUGUUACCUUUUGACCGGACUGUAGAGAUCUCGGGCUUUUUUAAUGACAAGAUCAAAAAAUGUGUCAACACGAUUUCCGUUGAAAAUAAUGAUAUCUCUGACCAGAUUAUGAAAUGCAUUGAGAGUUCUCUUGAGCUGAGUAGCUUAUGUUAUAUCCCAGCAAACACAAAAAUGAUCUGUCAGACACUAUACAAAAACUUCAAAGAGAAUAAGGAAAAUGUUCCAAAGACUAUAACAGAGGUCUAUAAAAGCGCACUAACAGAAAUCUCUAAUGAGGCGUCUGAAAAUGACAUGAAUGAAAUAAAAGAUAUUGCAUACAAAGGAAUUGUUGGGAAAAGAUUAAUUUUUGAAAAAAAUGCCAGUGACCCUCCUAUAUCAACUAAAUCGAGUAUUUUUCAUGAAAUACCACGUACUGGUGAACGCCUUCUUUUCUGUUUUGAUCAUUUAACUCUUCAAGAGUUUCUUGCUGCCAAGCAUGUAGUUGAAGAUAACAAAAACAUUGAAAACUUUUUAGAUGAUCAUUGCAAAAAUCCUAAAUGGCAUUUGGCAAUACAGUUUGUAGCUGGUUUGGUUGGAGACAUAAAGAGAUCUGGACAACAUGAUAAAGAAAGAACGAAAAAUAUUGAAGAAAGAUUUGAAAAAUGGAUCUCUCAUCUACUUCGUGAUGACGGCGAUAAAGCACUUGGUUUUCUUGGCAUGAAGUGUUUAUACGAAAUGCAAGACAUUGAUGUGAUAAAGUCAGCUUGUACAAAAUUAAAUUCCAACGAAAAUAGCAUUGUAGAAAUACGGAAUGCUAUUUUUACGCCUUUAGAUUCUUAUAACUUAUGCAAAUUUAUAUCCAAAUGUGAGCACAUAAAAGGAAUCCUGUUUACUUCGUGUAAUUCUGAUCAGCAAAACUGUUUUGGAUUGAAAGAAAAAUCGUCAAAAGGGACACGGGAUAACUAUAAAAGCUCAAUCUCUUUGGAAUAUGUAUGGUGUACCCAUAAUAAUGGACGCGAGCAACCUUUAAUGAUACAAAUUGUGUGAUCAUUUCCAUCUAUUAUGUACUCUAUAAAAGUAAUUACUUUUACAGUAUUUCAUGAAGAUUUUGUUCAUUCAACAUCAAUUUUUAUAUUUUUUAUACUUUUGUUCAUUGAACCUCUGAAGUAAAACCUCUCAACUCUCCUUUUUCUCUUAAACUGAAAGAAGCGCUCUACAUUAAAAACUCAAACCAGACCUCAACAAACAAAUAUACCACAUUAAUACAAUAUUUAACCUGUAAUAUAAUAUCUAACACUAAUUCUGUAAUUCUUUAAUACACUUAACGAUAUUCACAUGCACAUAUAUAUAUAUAUAUAUAUAUAUAUAUAUCAUGUAAAUAGCAUUAUCACCUUCACUCGAUAUACUGAAGAUGGCAUAAGCAUGCCGAAACAUGUUUACAAUAAAAAAACUCGUCUUUCAUUUAAAAUAUCUGAAGUAAAACCCUAGUUACUCAAGCAAAAUAUAAUUUUUUGACUUUA